GGUCGUCUUCCCGUCGGGCGCCCGGAGAUGACGUUGGGCGCGCCGCGGAGCCAACAUGGUGUCUGUGACUCUCGCCACAUCAGAGUGGAUUCAGUUUUUCAAAGAUGCCGGGAUUCCAGCGGGACCAGCUGUCAACUAUGCUGUCAGUUUUGUGGAUAACAGGAUUCAGAAGAACAUGCUCAUGGACCUCACCAAAGACAUCAUGAAUGAACUGGGCAUCACGGCUGUCGGGGAUAUUAUUGCCAUUCUAAAACAUGCCAAAGUGGUUUACAAGCAGGAACUUGCUAAGAUGGCUACAGAGUCGAUAAACCCCUCUCCUGGAAACGUACAGUUUGAAUUGAAAAGAACAACGGGCUCACCUGCCUCUCGGAUGAUUACCAACAGCUUGAGCAGAGAAUCCCCACCUUCUACUCCGGUUCGGAGGCCUGAAACGACCACUUCCAAAAUAUCUGUCACUGUGGCCAACAAGCUUGCCACAAAGAAAGCAGUUCUUUCCAGACCAGCUGACCCCGGCCCGGACAAUUCCGUAAAGCGACGGCGAGUGACUGCGGAAAUGGAAGGUAAAUACAUAAUCAAUAUGCCAAAAGGGACAACAGCAAAAACUAAGAAAAUCCUGGAACAACAAGCCACGAAAGGUUUGCCAAGGACGUCGGUCUUUGAUAGGCUUGGUGCCGAAACAAAAGCAGACACCACUACUGGGAGUAAGCCGACGGGAGUGUUCAGCCGCCUGGGUGAAGUAGUCUGUCAGAAGGAGAGCAGUGAUGACGACGAAGCUGGUUCUGUGCUUCAGUACGCCGGGGUCUUGAAGAGGGCUCCGACUGCGUCCGCUCAGGAGAGCCCCACGCUUCCGCUCCUAACCAAGGAGAGAGCUGCAGCAGCGAGAGCCAAAGCCUCUGCCACCACGAUAAGACGACUGGCGGUCCCGAAAGCUAGCAGUAGGACUGUGCCCGGCAAGGGUGUACAGGCAACAGGAGUGGUCCCCACCACCCGCCUGCAGUCGGCGAGCCAAGCCAAGGUCAGCAUCAGGCAGAGGCUGGGGAAGCCUGCCCCCACUGAGGCCGACACACAGGACAACAAAGUCACCAGUACAAAAAGCCGUGGCAGCCCGGAGUUCACUGUGACCAUCAAGAACACGGCACGGACUCCGGCCGGUACCAAAGUGACCAGCAGUACGGAGGGUCGCCUGGCUCAGAUGGACUCCACGGCGACCAUCAGUGUGUUCGAACGGCUGGGCAAGAAGCUGAAGUAACAAAAGGCACACGUGACACUUUAUUUUUAUACGUACAUUAGGUGUCCCUUCGUUCACAGCAACACACCAUUCUCCCACCGACUGAAACAACGUCGUCUGGGAAACUUUCCACCCAAAAGAUCAACAUAGGAAUCUAUUGAGAGGAUAAUGGGAGAGAACAAGAUUUUAAAUAGCAUUUAGAUUUAGUUUUGAUAAUUUAUUCAGAACCCUGUUGUUUUCUUUUGUGUGUGCGUGUGUUAAUGGGAAGGGUGGUAAAGCUUUUUGAAGGGGUUAGUAAACUUUGGUGUAGAUAUUUUGUAUAUGAUCACUGCCUUGGCGCACGGGUUUAAGUGACGCCUCGUUAUCAGUCAAGCCAUCGUCGCGCUGACUUUGCUGGGACUUUUUUUCCCUCAUUCACAGUUUAUUCUGGUGCAAUGUGGUCACUGUCACUACUUCUAAGGCGGGGGUUCCCACCCUGGGGUCCACAGACCUCUUGCUUCAUGGUAUUAGUGCAUGGCAUAAGAAAAGGCUGGGAACCCCUGUUAUAAGGGGACUUGGAUAAAUCUGACUGUUUACUUCAUUACAGAACUCUUGCCAUUCGUGGGUAUGUGUCACGUUGGGAUACCUUAGCACUGAGGAACAUCUGGUGCAGGCCAUUUUACAAAGUUAUUGCCUUUUGGAGUGUUUUAUGCCUAACCCUCGGUGUUUAUAAGGCACCCUUUAUUCCCAUGCGUUUAUUUUUCAUGCUUCUGAGAAGAUAUAAAAAAUAUUUUAAUUCAUCUCUUGCUACUGUAGUUUGAUUUGUGCUUUGACUGGGUAGCCAGUUUCAAAUGGUUCAAUUUAAUAUCAGAGAAUGUAUACAGUAUGCAACCUGAAAUCCUUACUCUUAACAAACUUCCACGAAACAGGAAAAAAACCACAAAGAAUGAAUGUCAGAAAACAUUAGAACCCCAAAGCUUCCCUCUUUACUCAAUAACGUUGCUGACUGAUGCUAAUUUUGAAAUGUUUAAGUUGUACCUGAAGGACAAAUCUCUACUUUAUCUUUUAUUUUAUUUCGAGAUACAACUCAGUAGAAAGUUCUUCUGGCCCAAUGAGUCCAUGCCACCCAAUUACACCCUUGUCACCAUUUAACCCACCAACCGGUACAUCGUUGGAAUGUGAGAGGAAACUGGAGCACCCGUAGGACACCCACACAUUCACAGGGAGAAUUCACAAACCCCUCACAGGCAGCAUUGCAAAUUGAACCCGGGUAAUGCCUGAACUACUGUGUAUUCGGAGAUUGCUUGUAGUCAAUGUGCUGUCUGUAGUGGAAGAUGGAUCUCAAGGUUAUAUACAGUACACUGUACAUACGUUGAUAGCACUGGACAACAAAUUUUUUUGGAAGUGUUGCUUCCUCAGUUUUUUUUUAAUGAUAGAAUUUUUAAAGCUGAAUGCAAAUAUAAUUUCAGACUACUUAUAUCAUGUAGGAUUUUGGAGAAACAAGAAAUUAACUUUUAUUGAAUAUAAUGCGUUUAAUUGCAUAACAGUGCUGAUACUUUGCAAUAGUUCAACUAAGCUAAAAAUGUUUUAUUGAUCAUUUUCAUUUGUACUCAAGUGUCUGAGGAUUCUCGCUUAAGUGCCCAACGAUAAUCAGCCAGCAUUAAUGGAUUCCAGUUGCCCUGAUAGCAUUUCUCCAUGACCACAAUGUCCUGGUGAAAUCUUUCACCAUGCCCGUCACUGACAGCACCAAGAUUUGCAGGGAAGAAGUCUAAAUGGGAAUGCAGAAAAUGAAUCGUUAGUGACAUGUUGCACUUCAUGGUUUUGUAUGUUUGAAGCAUGCUGUCAGCCAGCUGCAUAUAGUUUGGUGUUCUGUAGUUGCCAAGAAAACUUUCAACAACAUUCUUCAAUGCCUUCCGUGUGAUUUCCUCUGGUCCCACUAGAAAUUCUUCAAAAUGCCUGUCAUUGAUGACCUGUUUGAUUUAUGAACUAACAAAAAUCCCUCCUUAAUCUUGACAUCAGUUAUUUUGACUUGAAUUAUUAAUUGAAAUAACAGAUACCGGUGAUUUUUUUAAAAAAGCAUUGUGCCUGAUAGGGAAAUUUCAUGAUGAUUUUCUUGAUUAGAAGCCCAAAAAUUUAUAAGGUACACCGUAAAGUAUUCAGGAAGCAAAUUUUUGUUGUCCAGUGUAUUCAGGCCAGUCUUUUAUGAUAUAUGCAUAUUAAAUGGAGAUAUUGCUUAAAACAUCCUACCUUCACUCAAACUGGACAAGAUUAAUAUUCAGUAACACAGAAAGGACACGAAACUCAGCUGGUCAGGCAGCAUCUGUGAUGGAGAUGGACAGUCGAUGCUUUGAGUCCCAACAACUGUAGAUCUGCACCAUUGACCAUCCAUUUCCUUCCUCGGAUGUUGUCUGACCUGCCAAGUCCUUGUGUAUUACUACAGAUUCCAGCGUCUGUCAUCCAAGUGUAAUAUUCAGGCCGGUCUUGCAUGAUGUUACAGGCACAUUAAGCAGAGAUAUUGCUUACAACAUCCUAUGUUCAUUUCUCUCUGAUUUUGGCAUUGACGGUGGGAUGGAGCUACAGUAGGUUCCGGUUAAUUGAGACACAUAGGGACCAAUACAUUUUGGCUAAUUAAAUGGCUAUCACAGUUAGCCAAAAUUUCAUGGAAAUCGCUAAAAAGGUAUUUAAAAAAGACAAACGGUAAUAAUUUAUGUAUUUAAAUGAAAUGCAGAACAUAUUACAACACUACCAAUACUACUGCAGUUCUAUAAAACUAUAUUAGUUCAUUGUUCUCGACGGAGGAAUUCAUCCAGUGUAUGCUACCGUAUUCUUGUGAUUGACUAAAAAAUCAGUGCAGACACCUGGUACAGAUGUCUGGACUGCCUUCAUACAAUGCGUACAAUUGCAUUCUCCAAAUGUUCAUUAUUUAUUGUAACAUUCAAGAUGAUUGCCAAUACUUUCAAAUUCUUCAAGUUGAAGUAGUGAAAUCAUUUCAUUUUCUCUCUGGCUUCUCCAAGCCUGAAUGUUUGAAACCACGGUGAGCAAAACAGUCCUGAAUUGCCUUACUGAUUAUUUCUUGCUAGCUAUUAGUGACAAAAAUCACUUUUUAAACACAAACACAUACAACUGAUGCUAUUAAAAAACUUUUCGCUCAAAGCACAGUAUAGUUAGUGUCAUAUGGCCACAUGUGGUAGCAUAGUCAACAUAUAAUGCAUUACAGUACAGGAGACCCAGGUUCAAUUCCCACUGCUGCCUGCAAGGAGUUUGUAACUUCUCCCCAUGACCAUGUAGGUUUCCUUAGUGUGUUCUGGUUUUCUCCCACAGUCCAAAGACCUACUGAUUUGUAGGUUAAUCAGUCAUUUUAAAUUGUCCUGUGAUUAUGCGAGAAAUAAAUCGGAGAAUUGCUGAAAGGAACAGAAGGGCCUAUUUCGCAUUGUAUCUAAUCAAUAAAUAAAUAUUGGGCCUCCAACCUUCAAUAAAUAAAUAUAUGUGACUGACGCUAGUUAGGAAUGGUUUGGCAACAGUCUCUUGUCCCAAUUAAGUGUUAUAGUGCCCCAAAUAAAUAAAGUGAAUCCUGGUAUUUUCUAGAUUAGUUUUUGUUCUUUAAUAGUUGUCUCACUGCUUUCUCGAGAAGCUGCAGGCGAGAUAGCCAGGUGGAGUUGGGAUUUUGAUCAAGCAUCCAUCCCAGAAUGGUUGAUGUGUGCUUAGUAUACAUUAAUGUGUGCUCAUUAUACAACUUUUGCACAGAAACAGGUCCUUUGGCCCAUCUAGUCCAUACUGAACUGUUAUUCUGCCUCAUAUCAUUGACCUGCACUGGGAAUAGAGACCUCCAAACCCCUCUCAUCCAUAUACUUAUCCAAAUUGUUGUUAAAUGCUGAAAUUGAAACCUCAUCCACCAUUUGUGCUGACAGCUAGUUCCACGCUCUCACUGCUCUUUGUGUGGAAAAAGUUCCCUUCAAAUAUUUUACCUUUCACCCUCAACCCAUGACCACUAGUUUUACUUCCACCCGACCUCAGUGGAAAAAGUCUGCUUGCAUUUAACCCGUCUAUAUUUCUAAUAAUUUUGUAUACCUCUAUCAAAUCUCCCAGGCUCUAGGGAAUAAAGUUGUAACCUAUUCAACCUUAUCGUGUAACUCAGAUCCCUCAAGUCCUGGCAUCAUCCUUGUAAAUAUUCUGGGCACUCUUUCAAUUUUAUUGAUAUCUUGCCUGUAGGAGGGUGACCAGAACUGCUCACAAUACUCUAAAUUAGGCCUCACCGAUGUCUUAUACAACUUCAGCAUAACAUUCCAGCUCCUGUACUCAAUACUUUGAUUUGUGAAGAUCAAUGUGCCAAAAGCUCUUUAUGACCCUGUCAGCCUGUGACACCAGGAUUCCUGGGGACCUGGCAUCCAGCAUAGUCACUUGCUAACAUCACUACCACAACUCUAACCAAAAAAAAGCAGCAGAAAGCUUCAAAGAAAGAUGUGAAAAUGCAACUUUAUAAUCUCCCAGCUUCUUGUUAAUGUGGGAAAUAUGGCAGUUAAAGGUUCCACUGUCGUAAUAAUGGUCAGAUAAACACAUGGAAAAUGCUGGAGGAACCUAAUAGGUCAGGCAGCAUCUGUGAAGUGCAAUAAAGACUCAAUGUUUCUGGCCGAGACCUUUCAUCA